CCGCAUGAGGUUCGUCUGCGGAAAAGCGGGGUCAAGCUGAAGAAGGAGGGGAUGGCGAGAGGGGAAGUGUUGAGUGCGUACCGAGCACUUCUGAGAGCUACUCGGAAAACUUUUGUCGGUGACACACUCAUGCUGAAGGAGUCGGCUAUGGAGGUGCGUAAAAAAUUCGAGGAGAACAGGAACGUGACCUCUGACUCCGAGAUCCAGAGGCUACUUCAAGAUGCUAGCGAGGCCUCUCAUUUUAUUACCCACAUGAUUGUCCAGGCAAAGCUUAAUUCUAACGCCGGAAGUUACGCUCAAAACGUGCUUCUAUCUCACAGCUGUUAGUUGCUACCAGGAACGUCGAAUGUGCACUUGCCGUAGUCCUACUCAUCUAAAGCCAUCCCAAAAUGUUUAAACAUAGCCUUUUUAUUAUGCUCUGGGCAUCAAAGAUAUUGUUAUACACUACAAAACCUUGAGAUUAGAAUGAUGUAGCAUUUUUUUAAUCCACAUGUCAACAUUGGUACUUUGCUAUUGCUUGAACUUGAAGUUUCACUGCUCUUGGUUAUAGGAGUAGAAACACUCACAUCUUUCAUAACUGUAUAUAAAAAUGUCUUACUGUAUGAUAUUUUAACAUGAAAACGCUAUACUGCUCUAUAGGCUGGCUUUCAAAUAGUUCAAGGGGGUACUUUAAAAAACAGUUUAAGGUUUCCCUUCUGUGGGAGACUCUACUUCUGAAAUAUUUAAGGAAUAGUUGUUAUAUCGUAGAAGAAUUAGAAUAAUGUUGUGCAAUGACUUUUUUUUUUUGGGGUGAAUAUGUUGUGCAAUAACAUAUUUGCACUUAAUUAUGUGGACUUAGGUAGAAAGUAAGCGAAAUCUAUUUUUUACUCAUGAAGAGUUCAAAAUCUAACUAGACUGCGGGACUGUGCUUAUACAGAGUCUUAAGUGAACAACGGUAUCAGGGUUUAUAAAUAGUUCUUAGAUUUUAUAUUAUAUAUGGACAUAUACAUGCUAUUUAGUGCCGCAGUCUGUGGGUGUCUGAUUGACUGGACCAUGAGAUUUCCAAAUUUGACAAACACUUCAUCCCACCUAAGACAAAACGGUAUAUGAAAUAAUUCACCGAAAGAAAAAUGACAUCCAUGAAUUGGUCGUGAAUCAUUGUCAGCCUUCCAAUGUAAAUUAAAUAGUCUACAAUAACCUUUCAAUGAAGUGUCAAUAAAUGCCUCUGAGUUUUGUCACCAGAUUCAGUUCUUGGGCUAAUUUAUCUGGUAUAAGAGAAUUACCUUGUCUGCUUGUUCUGAAUUUUCUUAUUUGACCGUUCAUUUCUUGUUUUAACCCAAACUCGCCCGGAUGUAUGCAUGCUAUUUCAUGUGCGAACUAGCACAGGCGGAUCGCUAAACAAAAGUGAUAGUAGCUUUUUACUUUUAUUAUGAUUUUAAAUAUUAAUGAUUUGGCAUCUCCUUUCUAGUUCCUUCUUAUUAUUCUUGUUUUUUUUUUUUCCUUUCCUGUUUCGAGAGGCAAGUGAUUUGUUCAAUAGAAGUUGUAUUUGAUCAGUCAUUUCCUUUCCACCUUUUAACCAACUGAG